AUGGCCGCCACACACGCCUCCAUCCAAGACCGCACGCCCGAAUUCCGCAGCAUCCUUUCGCAAGCCCAGAAAUCUCUCGCGCGACAACGCAAAGCAGGCGCUCAACCUCAAUCCAAACCACUGUUACAGAACGGCGCCGCGACUCCUCCGACUAGAAAGCAGAGGUCUGAAUUCGCGCGCAAUGCCGCUGCGAUUGGACGGGGGAUUUCCGCCACAAUGGGGAAACUGCAGAGAUUAGGGGAGCUGGCGAAGAGGAAGACGCUGUUUGAUGACCGACCCGUGGAGAUUGCGGAGUUGACGUUUGUUAUCAAGCAAGAUUUGGCGGGGUUGAACCAGCAGAUUGGACAGUUGCAGCAGUUGCAGAGGGCUACAAAUCAGGGUGGCAGCGGAAGCGUGGGACAGGAGGGAGAGCAUAACAAGAAUGUGGUGGUUUUGCUGCAGGGGAGAGUGGCGGAUGUCGCGGCCAACUUCAAGGAGGUGCUGGAGGUUCGGACGAAGAAUAUCCAGGCUAGCAGGAGUCGGCAAGACAAUUUCGUCAGCUCGGUGAACCAGCAAGGUGGACAGGCUGGAUUGGAAGUCGGAAGGACGGACAGCCCGCUAUACCAGGCUCCCAGUCGAGGGAAGAGUCCACAACCCGGCCAACAACGCUCUGCUGCGCAACAGGACGUCCUUUCACUCGAUCCCUCUUCUGGCUCUGGUAGUGCUCUCUACGGCAACACUCCUGGAGCCGCCUCGCAACAACAGCUUCAGCUCAUGGAAGAAGGCUCAUCAUCGAACGCGUACAUCCAACAACGUGGCGAAGCAAUCGAGGCAAUCGAACGCACCAUCUCCGAACUGGGAGGAAUCUUUGGCCAGCUAGCGCAAAUGGUCUCCGAGCAAGCCGAACAAAUUCAGAGAAUCGAUGCGAAUACCGACGACGUCGUAGACAACGUCGAAGGCGCGCAGAGAGAGUUGAUGAAAUACUGGUCAAGAGUGCAAGGCAACCGAUGGCUGGUUGCGAAGAUGUUCGGGGUGCUAAUGAUAUUCUUCCUAUUGUGGGUGCUCGUCGCCGGGUAA